UUGAUAUGCCGAUAGCUUGUCUUGGAAAAAGCGACGCGUCGUGAGGAAAAUGUCGCCAUAUUUUCAGGAAUCGUCUCCCAAACACAAGUAUGGUUUUAGUUAAUUUUUCUCUUUGAAAAUGCUGAAAGAAUUAAUUUUUUUCUAACUGGCAGACUUUAACCGACUGAGACGCCAUUAGAAGUACAAUGGAGUUCAAAAGUGUUGUGUAUAACGCUGCUCGAGACGGAAAAGUAAGCAGACUGCGCAUUUUCCUGGAUAAUCGUCCGAAAGAAGAAGUGCAAAAGCUCAUCCAUGCAAAGACUAAUGGUGCAACUCCACUUAUCGCAGCAAGUCGAAAUGGACACAGUGAAGUUGUAGAGUACCUUGUGAAACACUGUAGGGCCGAGUUAGAGCAAGUGGGACAGGUAACAUUCGAUGGUGAAACGAUAGAGGGUGCCCCUCCCCUGUGGUGCGCAGCUGCAGCUGGUCAUUUUGAGGUUGCCAAGUUCCUGAUUGAAGGAGGGGCUGGCGUAAACAGCACCACACUGACAAACUCUACACCAUUACGUGCUGCUUGUUUCGAUGGCCACUUUGAGAUUGUGAAAUACCUUGUGGAGAGAAAGGCCAAUAUUGAAAUAGCCAAUCGCCAUGGUCAUACAUGCCUUAUGAUAUCUUGCUAUAAAGGACAUUACAAGAUUGUGAAGUUCUUGCUGAGCCUUGGAGCUGAUGUGAAUAGAAAAAGUGUGAAGGGUAAUACAGCCCUGCAUGAUUGUGCUGAGUCAGGAAGUGUUGAAAUUAUGAAAUUACUCCUCAGUCAUGAUGCUCGAAUGGACAAAGAUGCUUAUGGUAUGACUCCUCUCCUGGCUGCCAGUGUCACUGGGCAAACAAAGGUGGUUGAGUACUUACUUACUAGAUCUGACAUUGCCAGAGAAGAAAAAAUAGAUGCAUUGGAAUUGCUGGGAGCAACUUACGUGGACAAAAAACGUGACAUGCUAGGCGCCCUUCAGUACUGGAGAAUGGCACUAGAUGAGAGACAUCGAGACCACAAAAGCAUAAUACCUAAACCAACAACAGACUCAGUUGUUGCAGCUUAUGAGAAUGCAGUUGAGGUGAAGACAUAUGAGGAGCUGGACGAAUUGAUUUCAGAUCCAGAUGACAUGCGUAUGCAAGCCCUUUUAGUCCGUGAGAGAAUUCUUGGUCCAGCUCAUCCAGACACUUCCUAUUAUAUCCGUUAUCGUGGUGCCGUUUAUGCUGAUAUGGGGAAUUUUGACCGCUGUAUUGUCCUAUGGAUGUAUGCACUAGAUAUGCAACAAAAAAUGCUAGAACCUUUGAGCCCCAUGACUCAGAGCAGUUUCCUUUCCUUUGCUGAACUUUUCUCUUUUUGGAUGUCUGAUGGAAGAGGUCGUCCAGCUCAUCCUGUAGAGUUCAAUGACAUCAUGUCAGUGUUUGAAAAAGGUGUAGCAGAGAUAGAACAUGGAAUGGCUUACCUGGCUAAGCUGACUCCUGAGGAGAAAGCCCGAAUGUUGCCUUCUGAAAAGGAUGGUUCUCACUUUAAUCGUACCCUGACAAUAAUGAUGCAUCUGGUGUGCCUUAUGUCACGCAUGAAGAAAAAACUUUCUCCAGAGCAGGAAUUUUCAUUCAAAAAAUCUAUCUACAAGCUGGUACAACUGAAACCUAGAGGUCAGAAGGGUCAGACUCCAUUGCAUCUUGCAUGUUCUAAAGACACAACUACAGUUGGGCGAUACCCAGUCUGCUCUUUUCCCUCUGCAGAAGUGGCCAACCUGCUAAUGGAGGUUGGGGCAUCAUUGGAAGAUGUUGAUGUUGAAGGCAACACAGCACUGCACAUAGCAGCUGCCAACAAACCGUGCAAGCUAGAUGUGAUGCGUGUAUUGCUGAACCAUGGUGCUCACUUAGACAUGUGUAAUGCUUCUGGGCGUACACCUAUGCAGCUCAUGAAGAAUGCCACUAUUGGAGACGUGUGUUCACCACUGGAAUAUAUCUCCUUACAGUGUCUGGCUGCCAAAGUGAUCAGAACUCAAAAGUUGCCAUACAAAGGACAUGUACCAGCAAAAUUAGAGGACUUUGUUGAAAAGCACUGAUGUAUUGACAUAAUGUACUUAACUUAAAUCCUGCUUAUGUAACAUUUUUGCUGCUAAGAUUGACCUGAUAAUACUUAUUUUAUUCCUCUAACUUUUCAGCCAUAAGGUAACUUUUGUUGUAACAAAAUGACUGUUGAUUCUUGAAGUGUGCAUGUUUUUUUUUUCCAUGCAAUGAUGUGCUCACAUCAUAUCUUAACAGGUUUUAAUUUGUGCUCUCCUGUCUGUCAGCAUACUGUUAACUUUUUACAUGUAGAGAGACACUGAGUUGUAUUUUUCAUAAAGAGAACUUGCGUAUGUUUCUAAUGUGUGAUGCAGAUUUUUCAUUUGUAUGCAGAACAACCUAGAGCAGUCUUGACAUGACAAGGGUAGCCUAUCAUGUCAAUGUUCUUGUCCAUACGGUACCCAUGAUGCAUUAGUUGAACAGAAUGCACUUUGUAAAUGUGAAAUCAGAUGCUGAAACAGAGUUAUUUUUCACACUUGCCAAUGUAAAAUCCGUGUAGUUUCACACAUUGCCUAGUUUUGUGCCUUUCCAAAGACACCUUGAAUGCUGAAUUUGUUUUUGAUUAGUUGCCAUACAGUUAAAGGAAAAGUUACUUUAAAUUGUUUUCUCUUUCAGAUACACUUAUAACAAAAUGAUUACCUUACCUUAUCACGCUUGUCUCUGAAACUUUACAUAUUUUAUUUUGAAGAAAAGUGUGCAAUAUUGUUCCAUUUUGUGUAGCUUAUAGUAGUUCUAACACAUUAUUGGUUAUCAAGUUUAUAGUGUGAAACGGAAUGUGAAC